UCAUAUUUACACCAUUUCAAGCUCUCAGUCUCUCACACGUGCUGCAUUUACCAGGUGACUUCAGUAAGCCCUGAGGGUUCAGGGUCUGAGGGCUUUUAGGGGGGACAUUGGGACUGGGCCAGUCUCUCCCGCACCAGCCGUGAACUCAGACCUGUCCCUGGGGACUGUGGGGGAGAACACCCGGUAACCCGAUCUCGUAAACCCCUCACCCCUCCAAGCACACUUCCAGGGAAGGGGGUCCGAGAACGAGAGCCCGUUGUGUCCGGCACAGCGUGUUACGCGCCUUUGAGUGUGUUCUUCCCCACGUGUGCGUGUUUGCAGAACGUACGCGCGUGCGAAUGUGUCGGAAAGUUCAUUGGUAGCUGCGCGAGACACGAGGAGGAAGACAGCAUGAAUAGUCGAGCGAAUUGAGGAUUAAUAACGUCUCUUGGCUCUGAAACAGCUCCACGGAGGUGAGACCCGAUUAACACGCGCCGCUUCGAUACACACCAGUAUGUUCGAGACAUGGCACUGUGUGGAAUGAAGGGGACACGUUUCUUGGGGCCCAAUGUGUACACAGAAGCCCCUGACGGAGGCUGGGGAUGGGUGGUUGCUGUGGCCUUCUUCUUGGUGGGGGCUUUCACCUAUGGUACCAUUAAGAUCUUUGGCAUCUUCCUCCAGGACCUGAUGGACGAGUUUGGAGAGACCAACAGUCGGGUCUCCUGGAUUGUCUCCAUCUGCGUGUUUGUCAUGACCUUUAAUGGUCCUCUCUCCGCAGUGAUGACGAACCGCUUUGGGUUCCAACUUGUUGUAAUGAUUGGAGGAUUACUUAUUGCAUCCGGUACCAUUGCAACCAGCUUUACCAGCUCCAUCAAUCAAAUGUACAUCACCUAUGGUUUAAUUGCAGGUCUGGGCUACUGUCUGACCUUCCUGCCCACCGUGACCAUCCUUUCCCAGUAUUUCACACGUCGACGGUCUCUGGUCACAGCCGUGGCCUCCACUGGAGAGUCCCUGUCCAUGUUUGCCCUCGCACCAGCCUUUUCUACAUUGAGGGACCAUAUUGGCUGGCGACAUAGCAUGGCAGUGAUGGGAGCUUUGCAGAGCAUCAUAAUCAUCUGUGGUGCUCUGCUUCGGCCAAUCGUUAUCAAACCCAGAUCCACCCAUGAGAUUGAGACUAACGCAGUGUCCUCCAAGGAACUAGAAGCUCUCUGUACAUCAGAAAUUGCGGAGGGCACAAACCCAGAGGACUCUAUAAUAAACAAUACCUCACAAGCACAACAACUCUCCCAUAGUCCAGACAAUGACCCAACCAGAGGCUCUGAGAUCACUGGGGUUUCUGGUGUCCAGUCUCUAAAGGGCCUAGAUGACAGCAGCCCAGAGGAGAAGACCUUACUGCACAAAGACGCACGGAAAUCUGCGGGAAACAUUAUGGCAGAGAUUAGAGAAUUUGAAAUGGAGGAGAAAAACAGCGAAGAUGCAGAGAAACCAGUAAUGAAAGAUGGGGAAAUGAAAUCCGGUGAUGAAAAGCCAUCUGCAAAGAAGUCAAAACUUCUAGAUUUCUCCGUCCUCAGAGAGUGCAGCUUCAUUCUCUAUUCUCUGUUCGGGCUGUUCGCUACGCUCGGCUUCUUCGCCCCUCAACUCUACAUCAUCGAGCUGAGUGUGAGUCGAGGUGUGGGCCGGGACUUCGCCACCUACAUGCUCUCCGCCAUGGCGGUGGCUGAAAUCUUUGGCCGAUGCUCCAUCGGGUGGAUUCUGUCACGGGAGCGGUUCAGGAAGAAGAAGCUGUAUGUGCUUCUGGCAUGUGUGAUUGCAAUGACGGCGGAUCUGGUUGGAUUUACUUUAGCUACGGAGUUCUACGGCCUGGCUGUGUGCUCCUCUGUAUAUGGGUUCUUUAUGGGAACCAUAGCAUGCAGCCACAUCCCCAUGCUGGCUGAGGAUGAUGUGGUGGGCAUAGAGAGGAUGUCUUCGGCUGCUGGAGUCUAUGUGUUCAUACAAAGCUUUGCUGGGCUGGCUGGACCCCCACUUGGAGGUGUGCUGGUGGAUGUGACUCAGAACUAUGGAUCAGCCUUCUACUCCUGUGCAGUCGGCAUGGGAAUCAGUGCCCUGUUCCUGGGUUGGGUGAAACGUGCGAAGAAAGGAUUAAUCUGUAGGAGGAAGAACUUAAAAGGCCCUGAAGACGAUCAUGAAAGGGAAGAGGACUCUGAGGAACUGGGUGGAGUGCACAGCCCAGACAAAAAAACUGACAGUCCUCAGGAUUGCUGUGAAGUAGACGUGCAGCCGGAGGCCACGAGAGACGUCCAGGACGUUAUACGUUUUGCCUGAGCUGAUAAGAUAGGAUAUGAGUAAUAAAAGAGUCACACCACAUGAGGGUAAAGACUACAGCGGUAGUGCUGCAGAGACACAAGAAAGAGAAAGACCAAAAGUGUUUACGAUCUGAGCGCAUUCUUUAGAACUUUUACUGCAUAACAUGUUGUGCCUUACCUGCCUAAUGCACCAAACUGUGUUUUUCUAAAGUCAAUGUUCUUACAAAUGUUUAAAGUUAGGCUGCUAAAUUAGCUUUAAGUGAGUUAAGCUUCCAAUGUCAACUUAAACGCACAGAUACAGCUGCAGGACAUGUGUAUAAUAGCCUUAUGAGGCUUCAAUGGAGGAGCCUCAGUUUGAGAUAUUCCAGAGGCAAGACGUAACACUAUUACUAUUACUUGAUGAACUAAUAACUGCCGGCAAACAAUACCAUAACGAGGCAGGCAAACUGUGAUGCAAGUGUAGCUGUGAAAGCCAUAAAUUGUCAUUAAAAGUGUUGAUUUUUAAUCAAACUAUCAGCAAGCUGAGAAUACAAUGUUAUAUUAUAUGAGAUGUCAAAAUCAAGCUCUUUUUGUCAUGAACAUGUGUGAGUCUGAACCCCUUUAUUAGGUUUAAGGUUUUUUUUUUAAUAAACUUCCACUCAAAACUAA